CCAGAGAAGAUGAAGUUCCUCCUGCUACUGCUGGCUUUAUCUCUGCCCCCUGGGACAAAUGCAGGCGAGAUCAUCGGGGGACAUGAAGCCAAGCCCCACUCACGUCCCUACAUGGCUUAUCUUCAGUUCAUGGAUCGGGAUUCUCAGAGGAGGUGUGGUGGGUUCCUCAUAAGAGAGGACUUUGUGCUGACGGCUGCUCACUGUUCAGGGAGCUCAAUAAAUGUAACCUUGGGGGCGCACAACAUCAAAGCAAAGGAGGAGACCCAGCAGCUCAUCCCUGUGGCAAAGGCCAUUCCACACCCUGACUAUAAUCAUAAUGACUACUCCAAUGACAUCAUGCUCUUAAAGCUGAAGUGGAAGGCCAGGAGGACUAACGCUGUGAGGCCCCUCGUCCUGCCCAGUCGCCGCGGGGUCCAUGUGAAGCCAGGGGACAUGUGUUAUGUGGCUGGCUGGGGAAGGACAGCAGUGAAAGGCAAAUGCUCAAACACACUUCAAGAGGUGGAGCUGACGGUGCAGAAGGAUCAGGAGUGUGAGGCCCGCUAUCCAAAUUGUUACAACAAAGCCACUGAGAUAUGUGUGGGGGACCCUAAGAUCAAUCGUGCUGCCUUUCGGGGGGAUUCUGGAGGGCCUCUCGUGUGCAAGAAAGUGGCUGCAGGCAUCUUAUCCUUUGGAAAAGAAGAUAGUUCAACACCAAUAGCCUUCAUGAGAGUGUCAAGUUUCUUACCUUGGAUAAAGAAAACGAUGAAACGCAACUAA